UUCCGAUAAAAUAAACCCGUAACUCCUGUUUGUUGUACACAUUUACACAAUAACCACCACUUCUAGGGUUUGCAAUUUUCACAUCUACAACAAUGGCUGAGGUGAUGAACAUGCCAGUGGAUGCCGUAGAAGGUGGCAGCAACCUAGAUCGUAAAGACGACGGCGACGUUAACGGCACCGGCACCGCCACCGGCGACGUUGAAGACAACAAUAACUCCAUUCCAAACGAACAUCCAGACGCAUCUCCACCACCACCACCGCCUCCUUCGCGACGCCACGACCGUGACUCCAGAGAGAGAAGAAACGAUGACAGAGACAUUGAUCGUCCACCUAAUCGUCGUUCUGAUUACUACGAACAUCGUAAUCGUUCUCCUACUGGUCCACCUCACAGAGAUUACAAGCGCCGUGCUGCUAGCCCUAAUUCUCCUCCGUAUCGUGACCGUCGUGGUGGACACUCUCCUCCUCCUCGUAGGACGUCUCCGUUUCCUCCGUAUAAGCGGUCUCGUAGGGACGACGGUGGUUACGACGGUCGCCGUGGUAGUCCUCGCGGUGGUUUCGGAUCUGGUGAUAGAAGGUUUGGAUAUGAUUACCCUGGUGGUUAUGAUCGUGAUAUGGGUGGCAGGCCUGGCUUCCCCGAUGACAGGCCUCGUGGUAGGUACGGCGGUCGUGGGUACCAAGGUGGUCCGUCUGAUUGGGAAUCGGCUCGCGGAGGUUACAAUGAUCAGGUCAAUAACCACAGAGAAGGGUUGAUGUCUUAUAAGCAAUUUAUUCAGGAGCUUGAAGAUGAUGUUCUGCCAUCAGAAGCUGAACAAAGGUAUCAAGAAUACAAGUCAGAGUAUAUAUCAACUCAGAAACGGGCUUAUUUUGAUGCUCAUAAAGGCGAAGACUGGUUGAAAGAUAAAUAUCACCCUACAAAUCUGCUCGCGGUUAUUGAAAGGAGAAAUGAGGCGGCUCGAAAGCUGGCUAAGGAGUUUUUGCAUGACUUGCAAAAUGGGUCAUUAGACUUAGGACCGGGUGUUACUGCUUCAUCCGCAAACAAAUCAGGGCGAACAAGUAAUCCCGCUUCAGAAGACGAGUCAGAUUUGGGCGGUAAAAAAAGACGUCACGGGCGUAUUUCAAAAGAAACCGACUCCUUUUCAGCAGCCCCGAAAGCCCACCCGAUCAGCUCUGAACACAGGCGGAUUCAAGCCGACGUUGAACAGGCACAAGCCCUUGUUAAAAAACUUGACUUUGAAAAAGGGAUAGAAGAUAACAUAUUAUCUAGGGCUGAUAAUGAAAGAUCACACAGGGAUAAGUCGCAUUCUGGGUCUAGUGGUCCAGUCGUAAUCAUACGCGGGUCAACCUCAGUCAAAGGUCUUGAAGGUGUUGAGUUGCUGGAUACACUUUUGACAUAUCUGUACCGCGUUCACGGUUUGGAUUAUUACGGAUUGUCCGAAAAAAGCGAACCUAAGGGUUUCCGUCACGUGAGAGCAGACUCCAAAAAUUCUGACGUGAAAAUUAACGGGAGCGAGUGGGAAAAGAAACUGGAUACACGUUGGCAAGAACGAUUGAAGGGUCAAGACCCGUUGGAGAUAAUGACUGCAAAGGAGAAGAUAGAUGCUGCAGCAGCUGAGUCGUUGGAUCCGUAUGUCAGAAAAAUCCGGGAUGAAAAAUACGGGUGGAAAUACGGUUGUGGGGCUAAGGGAUGUACGAAGCUAUUUCAUGCUGCUGAAUUUGUUCAUAAACAUUUAAAGCUGAAACACCCUGAACUUGCAAUUGAAGUAACCUCUAAAGUUCGUGAAGAUCUGUAUUUUCAAAACUAUAUGAACGAUGAAGAUGCACCUGGUGGGAUACCUAUUAUGCAGACGUCAUUAUUGAAGGAUAGGCCCCAAAGGCAUAGGCCUGGUAUUGCCAACCGAUUGAAAGAUAACCGGAGAGAACAUGAUGGCAGAAUCAAUAACGGUGAAAGAUUUGAUAGGGGCGAGAAUCCCGAGAAUGAUGGUGGUGGUGAGGGACAUCCUGAUGACCAGAUGUUUGACUCUUUUGGUGGUCAAAGUCUUCACACACCAUUCCCCGCAGACAUUCCUCCCCCUCCAGUGUUGAUGCCUGUACCUGGUGCUGGGCCAUUGGGUCCGUUUGUCCCUGCUCCUCCCGAAGUUGCAAUGAGAAUGCUCCGAGAUCAGGGUGGGCCGCCCCCUUUUGAAGGUGGUGGUAGAAAUGGGCGGAGUGGGCCCCAGAUUAGUGGUCCAGCUCCAAUAAUUGCUUUACCUCCAUCGUUUAGACAGGACCCCCGUCGUUUACGAAGCUAUCAAGACCUUGAUGCUCCAGAAGAUGAAGUCACUGUGAUAGACUACAGGAGCCUCUAGACGCGUUCUGCAAGGCAUUUCUGGUAAUAUCUUUUAACAUUGCAAAAUCUGUAAAUGAGGAAAAGAUCUGUAUUUUUUGUUUGUUACUGGAAAAAGAUGGGGUUGAGAUCAAAAUAAAAUCAUAUUUGGGUGUAAACUCUAGAUUGCCAGACACUUGCUUUUCGUAGAAGAUGGUGUACGUUCAUGCCUUCGUUUUUCUAGUGUUUUUUUUAAUGCAUUAUUAGCUUUUGGGAA